UUCGUGUAUGAAGAUAAGCACCCGUCGCGCGGCACGACGGCCGCGGCCAGGCUCCUCCGGACCAAUGGCGCGACGCCGUCACCGAGCCGGGCCGGUUCGAUUCGUGGCUUCUAGAGCGUGGUGCGUGGGAGCUCUUGUUCUUCUUCUCCGACGCAGCGCCUGGGAGAGUGGUGUCGUCGCGCAACAAGGUAGCGACGACGGAAACGGAAACGACGACGGUGGCACCAGCGCGCCUGCCGCGCUCUACCCCGACUGCGAGGCUGACACGGCCUUGGUCGGCGAUUCCAUAUGCGACCUCGACUUCAACGUCGCAGAGUGUGGUUUCGACGGCGGAGACUGCUGCGAGUGUACCUGCGUCGACACGGGGGAUCAGGUCUGCGGCGAGGGGGGAGGCGGGUACUUCUGCGUAGACCCGGACGCCCCGCAAGACUGUGCGUCUGCGCCGAGCCCGACGCCGAACACGCCGUCGGCGCCGACGUCUUCUGACGCGAUAGACGUAACGGCUGGACCGACGUCGCUCGAUGCGUCUGAUGACCCUUACCCGGGCUGUGGCGGUUACAUCCCACAUAUUGGCGACGGGUACUGCGAUGAAGACAACAACACCGCUGCUUGCGGCUUUGACGGAGGGGAUUGCUGCGCGUGCACUUGUGGGAUGGACGCGGAGGUGGACCACGAGUGCGGGCUGCUAAACGACGGUUACGACUGCCGAGACCCGGACGUGCCCGAGGACUGCAACCUGGCCAAUUUCGCGCAGUGUGAGGGGAUGAACGGGUACGACUGGCAGGACGGGUACUGCGACGACGACCUCAACACCGCCGAGUGCGGCUACGAUGGGGGCGACUGCUGCCGCUGCACUUGUCGAGACUACGAUUCGUGGGGGUACUACAGCAGCUGCGGCUACUACGGGUACGACUGCUUGGACCCGGAGGCCCCCAGCAGUUGCAGCACGGACAGCCCGACGCCUAGCCCUGCCGCGGGGACCGACUGGCCGGAAUGCGAGGGCUACCUCUUUGAGAUUGGAGACGGGCACUGCGACUACUACAACAACAAUGAGGAAUGCGAUUGGGACGGGGGCGACUGCUGCGCCUGCACGUGUGUAUCUGGUUACUACACGUGUGGAUACUACACCUUCGACUGCGAGGACCCGUCCGUUUCCACGGACUGUUCAACAACAUCCACGCUCGAUUCAGACGACUGGUACGGUGGAUAUGGAUAUUACACCGACGACAUUUGGGACAGCGGUGACGACUUCUACGGCACCUACGACGUUUACAACUACGGCAGCACGGCGUGCAUAUCCUCCUAUACCGGUGAUGGCUGGUGCGACUCAUUUUACAACCACGCCGACUGCGAAUGGGACGGGGGUGACUGUUGCGAGUGCGACUGCGUGGACGCGACUUACGAUUGCGGAGUUGUCGGCUACGACUGCCUGGACCCGACAUCGUCUUGCAGCGACUCCCCCGGCACGCCGAGCCCGACCUUGCUCGACUCCGAAGCGAGGGAUGCCGAGUCCACGUCGACGUCGACGUCGUCCUCGUCCGUCGCCACUUGGCAGAUCGUGGUUGGGUUUUCGGGGGUCAUGCUUGCGUUCUGCUGCUUCAGCGGGAUUGUGUACUUCGCAUGUCUGAGGUGCCGAAGAAAGCUGGGGGAUGCGGAGGACGAGCAAGGUUCCGGCGGCGGCGUUGGCGGUGCUGCUGCUGCUGCUGCUACCCCUGUUGCCAAGUGAGAGGGCGCUUGGCACCGCCACGUCUUUCGCAUGCUGGCUCGGGGGGGGGAGCGUGUUUGGUGGAGAGACAAAAGAAAAGAAGGCGCGCGCCGGCGCAGAGGGUUAGACCCGGGGGGGCGGGCGCGCGCGCUUUUUUUUUUUCACGUUUACACUGCCUUCGGCAAAAUCGUGAAUUAACAAUGCAUAGCUACCUCCUCUUUAGUCGUUCAACUAGCAACGACUUUCGUCAGGUCAGAACCUGAAAUCGGGGCGUACGUACAGCGGUGAUUCAUGUCGUGAAUAUGUUAGGGGAUCCGCCCCAUUUUGUCCUUAUCUUUCGUUGCCGUUCGUCUCCUUCCGUAGGUAGCAAGCACCCCCCCCUCUUCCCUCGACAUGUUGGGCUUGACGCUGACACUUCACAUAUCUUUUGCUUCUAAUUUCUGGUGGGCUUGGGUACGUUUGACACGCGGCUGGACCGUUUUUCAUGUGUCAGCAGAGGCGAGAGAGCCUUGGCCGACGAGACCAUGGAAUACUCCGGCAUUCCGUUGGGUUGUGGGGGAUACACGCGUCAAGUGAUUUUUUCGAAUGACGCAUUGAAGUAUAUUUCGCACCUGUGCCUUGAUCGUGACCGACUCGUUUUUUGUGUAUAUGUCGUGGGAGAGAAGGACAGCAGUUCGAAGUCUAUGCAAACCCCGAGGUAAACACAGGAUAGAAUCAAAACCACGUGUUUAUUUUCUCGAUUGGUGACCCUUAGUUUGCUUCUGUUUCUGUUUUGCUCUUUGGCCUCGUAGCUAUUGCUAUUAGUGGGAACGACGGGCCUUCCCUGCGCAUAGAUCUCCUCUCUCUCUGUCGAUCUACGGUGUAGUAUCUCUUGUCCGACAUGUCAUGUCACGUUCCAGUGUUGGUUGUUCGGUGACUUUUUUUCAUUUGUCUUUUUUUUUUUUUUCGUCUUCACUUCAAAUCAGCGCUCACAGC